AUGAAGACCCUGCUCCUGACUGCCGUGCUGCUCGGGCUGGUGGCUGCCCUGCAGGCCCAGGAACCCCUGUCUGGCCUCCCGGAGGCACAGAAUCUCGCAGGGACCUGGUACGAAAAGGCAGUAGCAAGUCACAAGAACACGGCCAAGGAGAAGAUGCACCAAGAAGCGUUUCCCAUAACAGUGACAACCCUGGAAGGUGGAAAUUUGGAGGCCAGGGCCACCAUCAUGCAUGAGGGUCGGUGCCAUGAGAUAAAAGUUCAGAUGCAGAAAACCGAUGAGCCUGGAAAAUACAUAGAUGUAGAAAGAAAGAAGCUCAUUUACAUAGAGCAUCUGCCCAUGAAGGACCACUCCGUCUUCUUUGCUGAAGGCCAGCAUUUCGGGAAGACAUUCCGCAUUGCAAAGCUCAUGGGAAAGACGCCUGAGCCAAACGCAGAGGCUCUGGAGGAAUUUCAGAGAUUCGCACAGCGCAAGGGAUUCCAGGAGGAGAACAUAUUCGUGCCCAAACAGAAGGGGCCCUGCUUCCGGUCUCGGGGUGUGGUGGGGUUGGAACCCUUGGCCGGGCCCCUUCUCACCCUGGCUGUGCCUCUGUUUCUACAGAAACCUGUGUCUCAGAACAGUAACUGGGAAACCUGCUCUCCGGGAAGCAAACAGUCUAAGAGUUCCCUUUGA